GACACCCGCACGCACGCGCUCUUGACUGAUCCAUCCACUCCCCCAACCAACCGAAGCCAAACCGCACACGGCCACGCCCACGCCCACGCCCCCAUGGACGCGAGCGGGGCGCCGCCGCCGCCACUCCUGGCCGCGGCCGCGUUCGCCGCGGCGCUGCUCGCCGCCGCGCUGGGAUGGCUCUUCGCCGCGCGGUCGUCCAGGCGGGGCUCGGCGCGGCUGCCGCCGGGCAGCACCGGGCUGCCGCUCAUCGGGGAGACGCUGCGCCUCAUCUCCGCCUACAAGACGCCCAACCCGGAGCCCUUCAUCGACGAGCGCGUGGCGCGCCACGGGAGCGGCGUCUUCACCACCCACGUCUUCGGCGAGCGCACCGUCUUCUCCGCCGACCCGGCCUUCAACCGCCUCCUCCUCGCCGCCGAGGGCCGCGCCGUCGACUGCAGCUACCCGUCCUCCAUCACCACGCUGCUGGGCCCGCACUCGCUGCUCCUCACCAGGGGACCCGCGCACAAGCGGCUCCACUCGCUCACGCUCACCCGCCUCGGCCGCCCCGCCUCGCCGCCGCUCCUCGCCCACAUCGACCGCCUCAUCCUCGCCACCAUGCGGGACUGGGAGCCCGCCGCCACCGUGCGCCUCCUCGACGAGGCGAAGAAGAUUACCUUCAACCUCACCGUCAAGCAGCUCGUCAGUAUCGAGCCCGGGCCGUGGACCGAGAGCGUCCGCCGUGAGUACGUCAAGCUCAUCGACGGCUUCUUCUCCAUCCCGUUCCCCUUCGCCCACCUCCUCCCUUUCACCACCUACGGACAGGCCCUCAAGGCGAGGAAGAAGGUGGCCGGGGCUCUGCGGGAGGUGAUAGGGAAGAGGAUGGACGACAAGUUGGAGGAUCGUGCCAUGGAUUCGGAAGACGAGGGGAAGCGGGAGAAGAAGGACAUGGUGGAGGAGCUUCUUGAAGCAGAGGAUGGGAGCUUCUCCGUGGAGGAAAUGGUGGAUUUCUGCCUGUCUCUGCUUGUGGCUGGCUACGAGACGACGUCCGUGCUCAUGACGCUUGCUGUCAAGUUCCUCACCGAGACACCCACUGCGCUAGCGCAGCUCAAGGAAGAGCAUGACAAUAUCAGAGACAUAAAAGGCAAAAACCAACCUCUGGAAUGGAGCGAUUACAAGUCGAUGCCAUUUACACAAUGUGUGAUAAAUGAAACACUGCGUGUUGCUAACUUAAUUAGUGGGGUAUUCAGGCGUGCAAACACUGAUAUUCAUUUUAAAGACUACAUUAUUCCGAAGGGCUGCAAAAUAUUUGCUUCAUUCCGAGCUGUGCACCUUAAUACUGAACACUAUGAGAAUGCUCGGACCUUUGACCCUUGGAGAUGGCAGAGUAAGAAUAAACUUCAGAACGCGGUAGGUGCCAGUUUGUUCACUCCCUUUGGUGGUGGACCUCGUCUGUGCCCAGGCUAUGAGCUUGCCCGGGUUGUUGUCUCUGUUUUCCUCCAUCAUCUCGUAACGCGCUUUAGCUGGGAAGAAGCUGAGGAAGAUAGGAUUGUCUUCUUCCCCACCACCCGAACUGUCAAAGGAUACCCCAUAAACCUCCGGCGGAGAACAGAUUCUGUUUUCUGAACUCAUAUUAGGUUCCAGUUACCCUUAUCGUCAAAGCGAGAGUAAGCAUAGAUAAGAAAAAUAUUCCUAUUAGUUAGUGAAUUUUUUCGUCCCUUUUCUCUCCUUUGUCUGUAACUUGGUACACAAACAGCAGCCAGCAAACUCGUUUUGCUUGUAAAAUGACCCAAACUGCUAUGAAUGCGUACUGGUUACAGAUUACAUUUUGCCGUGUAUCA